CGUCUCUACACCAGUGACAGGCAGCUACCGGUACAGACGAUAAUACCUUCCAUCGUGUUGACGAAGUUUACUUUAUUUAGACGAUGUAUUUUGGAUAUACGAUUGUCGUGGUUUUAUGUGCGUUCAGUUUACAUGUAAAUAGUGAGCCUGCCUUACAGGACAUGCCACCAUGUUUUGGUUGGCCACAGGAGGAAAUAUACUGUUAUGGGGAUCUGUUACACUCCGCCCAGGUGGCAGAAUUAUAUAACGACUCAAAGCACUAUGUAGAUAUGAAUAUAAACGAAGAGCCAGAUGUUGUAUUGGAUGCUUAUGAACAGCUUGAUGAUCCAACGGAUGAAGAAACAAUGGCAGGUUUCAUUGACUACUACUAUGAAGGCCCCGGAGAGGAAUUUGAAGACUGGAUUCCAGAUGAUUGGACGAAGGAUGAUGCUGAAUACAGAGCAUGGGCGACUGAAUUACAGGAAAUCUGGAUUCACCUCGGCAGAAAAAUAAAGGAAGAUGUGAAAGAUAACCAGGAUAUGUAUUCAUUGAUAUAUGUAGAUCAACCAUUUAUUGUACCAGGAGGACGAUUUAGAGAGUUUUAUUACUGGGACUCCUAUUGGGUUAUUAAUGGACUCUUGAUUUCAGAAAUGCCGGAAACUGUUAAAGGAAUGCUUACCAAUUUUUUAACAAUGGUAGACGAAUCUGGUUUUGUACCCAAUGGCGGACGUAUUUACUUCUCACGGCGUAGUCAGCCACCGUUAUUAAUACCAAUGUUUGCAAGAUAUUAUAACGUAACAGGAGAUAGUCAAUUUGUUGAAGACAAUCUAGACAUUUUAGAGAUGGAAUAUAAUUUUUGGAUGACUAAUCGAACGAUAGAUCUGAUGCAGCACACGUUUAAUCAUUACGCAGUAGAUAUGGGAAUGCCAAGGAACAAGCAACGAGGAGGAGGAAUAUCAAUUGCCAUAAAACAACAUCUUAAAAAGGGCAUCACAAUUGAAGAUACACCUUUUGAGGAUAUGCUAUGGUGUAGAAUGAAGAAGAACCUGCGAAGGCCUGAGCUUUAUUCUAAUCUAGCAUCAGCAUGUGAAAGUGGGUGGGAUUUUUCAUCUAGAUGGUUAACAGAAGGACGAACGUCAUUGGACACAAUUAGAACCAAGGAAAUUAUACCAGUUGACCUGAAUUCAAUCCUAUGUAUGAGUGAAAGAAUCAUGGCAGAAUUCUAUGAAAGGCAAGGCAACAUUUCUAAGAGUGAAGAGUACAGGACAGCAUACGAAAAGAGGCGCUAUGCUAUAAACACAGUUUUGUUUGAUCCAUCGAUUGGCGCCUGGUUCGAUUAUGAUGUAGAGAAUGGAAAGUUAUUGGACGAUGAAUAUUAUUUAUCGUCCGUAGCACCAGUUUGGGCUGGCUGCUAUGACGACAGUGAUGAAAAUAGGAUUAAAUCUCUCAUGAAAUAUUUCGAGAGAGAAGGAGCACUGGGGUACAAUUGUGGCGUGCCCACGUCCAUGAGAGAAAGUGGACAACAGUGGGAUUUCCCAAAUGCCUGGCCGCCAUUACAAGAAAUGCUAAUAACAGGACUUGCUGAUAGCUCAUUGGAUGGCGCACACGACCUAGCUCAGCGAUUGGCUAACAACUGGGUUUAUUGUAACUGGAAAAGCUGGAGUGAUACCGGUCACAUGUUUGAAAAGUAUGACGUCAUUAAAGGAACUCCAGGUGGUGGUGGUGAAUACGAUGUACAGCUUGGAUUUGGUUGGACCAAUGGUGUUGUUAUCCAAAUGUUAAAAAGAUAUGGAGACGUGUUGACCCGGGAAUACGUAGAUGUUAGUUCAACGGUGCCCAUGGUUACAGACAUCAGCCUCACUCUAUUUCUUGUUAUUCAUGCCGUGGCGGCCAUUGCCACGACCGUUUUGUUGUAAUCACAGUAUAACAUUGUUAUAUCCAGUUUAUUUUUAAACACCGUUCCAUAAUGUUAUAUCCAGUUUAUUGUAAACAUCGUGCCACAUAAUUAUAUCCAGUUUAUUUUAAAGGGUGGCAGUCGUCGCGCCGCGCUCUGUUCGAUAUGGGACUUAUAGCGACGUAUACAACGCGUGUAAAAUACAUUGUUUAUUUACAUGAAAUUCGAACACGCGCUGCGUGACGACCACCGCGCUUUAAAUACCGUGCCACAUUAUUAUAUCCAGUUUAUUUUAAACACCGUUCCACAAUGUUAUAUCCAGUUUAUUGUAAAAAUUGUACCAUAUUGUCAUGUUCUGUUUAUAGAGGAGGGGCAAGG